AUGGAGGAGUAUGAAAUUCCCAGUUGGUGUUCAGAUGAAGGUUAUUCAUCAGAUGGUAAAGGUAAAAGCACUGUUGUUGCAGGAAUUCUGUCCUCACCCACACCCACCCUCUCUCAGUCAAAUGGUGAGGAUGAAAAGGGUGAAGUUGUGGCUGUCAAUACUAUGGAUGAUGUUGCUCAUACAUUGUGGGAUUCUAUUGAUGAGAUUGAGAUGAAGAAGUUUAAUUUUCUUAAUCGGCAGGUAGCAUAUGACUUCUACAACUUCUAUGCUAGAGUGAAGGGGUUCUCAAUACGAAAAAGCAAGGUUUUGAGAAACAAGAAAGGUGAAAUUGUGCGGCAAGACUUUGUGUGUCACAAGGAAGGUUUUCGUGAAGAGAAAAAUAGAAAGAGAGAAAAUCGUAAGCGGGAAACUAAGGUUGAGACAAGGUGUGGUUGCAUUGCAAAACUGAGGAUUCGUUUGCUAGGUGAAAGUGGUAGGUGGCAUGUGGCAUUAUUUGGAGAUUGUCACAAUCAUGCAAUGUUAGAGGCACCUCAAUCAGCCAUGUUACCAGCACAUCGUCACUUAAAUGAAGGUGAUAUAUUGGGAAUGAAUAGUAUGCGGAAAGCCGGUAUUAGCACCACACAAAUAUACAAUCUUAUUGCUGACCAAUCAGGGGGUUUUGAGAAAACUAAUUUUCUCAAGGUAGACAUGUUAAAUCAAAUGACCAAACAGAAACAAAGGGAGCAUUGUGAUGCAAAAGCUGUUUUGGUGUAUCUUAAGGGACUCGGUUCAGGUGAUCCAGGGAUGUUUUGGUCACACCAUACUGAUGAAGAAGGCAAGUUGAAACAAAUGUUUUGGGCUGAUGGUAUUAGUCGGAUGGAUUUUCAAGUGUUUGGCGAAGUUCUAGCCUUUGAUGCAACAUACCGGAAGAAUAAAUAUGGUUGCCCCAUUGUUGUUCUUGUCGGAGUUAACCAUCACUGCCAGACUAUUGUGUUCGGAACAGCAAUUUUGACUAAUGAGAAAGAGGAAACCUAUGUGUGGGUUCUUGAGCAAUUUUUGGCAGCAAUGAAGGGUAAGGAACCAAGUGCGGUUAUAACUGACGGUGAUCCUGCAAUGCGGAAUGCUAUUACUAGAAUAUUACCAAGAGCUCAUCACUGUUUGUGUGCAUGGCACCUUUUACAAAACGCACAAAGAAACGUGGGUGACCCUAAUUUUACGAAAGGUUUUAAAAGCUGUAUGUUGGGGAAUCUCAGUGUUGGGCACUUCAAAAAAAAAUGGGCACAAUUGGUUAGCGAUCUGAACCUUGGGGACAAUCCAUGGGUUCAAGGGCUGUAUGAGAAGAGGCACAUGUGGGCCACAUGUUUGAUGCGGGGAAAGUUCUUUGCCGGUUUCCGAACAACUUCUCGUUGCGAAGGACUGCAUUCACAGAUUGGUAGGAUUGUGCGAUCCCGAAAUAGUCUUCUUGAGUUUGUACAAUAUUUUGAGCGUUAUGUGAAUUACAUGCGAUGGACAGAGGUUGAGGCAGACUACAAGUCAGUGGUAGGAGAUGCUGUGCUUCAGACAAACGUGCGGGCGCUUGAACGGACUGUUUUUCUGAGAUUCCGGCCGUGGCUCAACAGUGGUAGCGUAAUGAAGGUUGCUGCCACAAAGGAGACAUCAUCAUGUAUCAUUUAUUCUAUGUACAAGUAUUGUAAACCUGGUAAGAUGUGGUAUGUGGCACAUGAUGAAAAAUUGUCUACGUUUAGAUGUUCAUGUCAGCGGAUGGAGACGUUUGGGCUUCCUUGUGAUCACAUAAUUGGUUUGCUGGUGCAUUUGGACAUUGAUUUCAUACCUGAGACUUUAGUAUUACAAAGAUGGUGUAAGGCAGCAAAGGAAUGCAUGAAAGGUAACUCAGAAUCCUCAUUCAAAUUCUGGGAGUCAACCGUUUUGGCUAGACUAGGUUCAUUAGUAAUGAGAAGCAGAGAAAUGUUCAACCUUGGGUGUGAAUCUAUGGAAGACUACUUGGAUACUGUUGAUGUAAUGACGCAGCAUGUUAUAAAACUUAAGGCUAAGAAGGAUGCUGCUAACGGAGCCAUUCAUGGGAACGUUGAGACGCAAAAUGAAGGGUUUGAUGAUGUCACAAAUCCUAGCGUAAUUCGGAGCAAAGGCUGUGGUGGAUCCUCAAGUGGCAAUGGAAACAAGGCCAAAAGAAAGUGCACUGUUUGUAAGAUGGCAGGUCAUAACAAAACAACAUGCCCCCAGAAUAAACGAGUGAAACUUUCUUCUGUUAAUGAAGCAGGCACUUCCACUGUUGUUGAUGAAGAACUGGAUAUUUCUGAUUGUGUUGCAAGUGAUGGUGUUGCAAGUCUGAAGUUCAAACCAAGUGAAGUGAAGGCUAUUUUAGAACUUUUGAUAACUGUUAUGGGAACAAUAUCAAAAUCAAUAAGUGGUCUUGUGUAUCAUAUAUCUGUGACCUUAUCUGGGUUGUGUACUGCAAAGUUGGUUGGCAAGUUUGACAACCUCUAG